GCCGCCGCCGGCGGCCCUCCGCGGCCAUGGCCGGCCCCGGCGCGUGGAAGCGCCUCAAAUCCCUGCUGAGAAAGGACGACGCGCCGCUCUUCCUAAAUGACACCAGCGCCUUUGACUUCUCGGACGAGGUGAGCGACGAGGGCCUUUCGCGCUUUAAUAAACUUCGGGUCGUGGUGGCCGACGACGACUCGGAAGCCCCGGACAGGCCUGUGAACGGGGCGCACCCGGCCCUCCAGGCCGACGAUGACUCCCUGUUGGACCAGGACUUACCUUUGACCAACAGUCAGCUGAGUUUGAAGAUGGACCCCUGCGACAACUGCAGCAAACGGCGCGAGCUGCUGAAGCAGAGGAAGGUGAAGACCAGGCUGACCAUUGCUGCCGUCCUGUACCUGCUUUUCAUGAUCGGAGAGCUUGUAGGUGGAUACAUUGCAAAUAGCUUAGCAAUUAUGACAGAUGCACUCCAUAUGCUGACUGACCUCAGUGCCAUCAUACUCACUUUGCUUGCUUUGUGGCUGUCCUCAAAGUCACCAACCAGAAGAUUCACCUUUGGAUUUCAUCGCCUAGAGGUUUUAUCAGCUAUGAUCAGUGUGAUGUUGGUGUAUGUACUUAUGGGAUUCCUCUUAUAUGAAGCUGUGCAGAGAACAAUCCAUAUGAACUAUGAAAUAAAUGGUGAUAUCAUGCUCAUCACCGCAGCUGUUGGAGUUGCAGUUAAUGUAAUAAUGGGGUUUCUGUUGAACCAGUCCGGCCACCACCAUUCCCACUCCCAUUCCCACUCCCUGGCUUCAAAUUCUCCAAGCAUGGUAUCUAGUGGACACAGCCAUGGGCAGGACAGCCUGGCAGUGAGAGCUGCAUUUGUACAUGCCCUGGGGGAUUUGGUCCAGAGUGUUGGUGUGCUUAUAGCUGCAUACAUCAUACGAUUCAAGCCAGAAUACAAGAUUGCUGAUCCCAUCUGUACGUAUAUAUUUUCAUUACUUGUGGCUUUCACAACGUUUCGCAUCAUAUGGGACACAGUAGUGAUAAUACUGGAAGGUGUACCAAGUCAUUUGAAUAUAGAUUAUAUCAAAGAGUCAUUGAUGAAAAUAGAAGAUGUAUAUUCUGUGGAAGAUUUGAAUAUCUGGUCUCUCACUUCGGGAAAAUCCACUGCCAUAGUUCACAUGCAGCUAAUUCCUGGAAGUUCAUCUAAAUGGGAAGAAGUACAGUCCAAAGCUAAGCAUUUAUUACUGAACACAUUUGGCAUGUAUAAAUGCACUAUUCAGCUCCAGAGUUACAGACAAGAAGUGAACAGAACUUGUGCAAAUUGUCAGAGUUCCAGUACCUGAGUCUGUGUAGUUGGGGUCGACAGCCUUAUUUAUCCUGAAGUCACAGACUUGAGAGCAAUAAAUGCAAACCUAAUGGAGUCCCCAACAGCUGUGCCCAUGUCAAAUACCAGUCUCUCAAAAACAGUCACUCGGGUCUGCCUGAUAAGUGCAUGAUUUUCAGAUGAAGUCUCCAAAGCACUGUUUACAGAGUGAGCUGUAACUCUGCAGAUACCUCAUAGAAGACAAUCCAAGACCAUACUUCACUAAUUCGACAGAAUACACAAGACGUACAGGAAGACUCGGAAUUCAGUAUUUGCAUCUAAAACUACUUUUUACAGGCCUUUUAUAUGAAGUCAGUGCUAGCAAACGCAGUGUUGAAUCAUUUGGGAUUUUUGUCUCUGUGUAAUCUUGGCAUCUAGUUUCUGGAAUUGUGUUCUCUUUUUAUAAAAAUCAGCCCUCAACAGAUUUCAGAAAGUAAUAAUAUCCAGAAAAUGGAAUAAGCAUGUAUUCCUAAGUAUUUCAGAACUGUUUUAUUUCACAGAUAACUCUUAAUAUUAUUAUUAGAGUCAUACUUUAUAAGCAAAUUUUCCAGAUGUUACUGGGUUUUGAAUCUCAAUGUUUUGAUUAUUUGUAAUCUUAUCAGAAAUAAUGUGGUCACUGUCAUUAAAUUAUUUAGGAAAUUUUUACUAUAACUCUGAAUGGCAGAGAUUAGAUUUAACCUCAGUUACUUUGCCAUGUGGUGAUCUAAAACAGAGGAGCAAGCAGUGGGGUGUGAGGUUUGGAUUUCUGUCCUCCCUAAAAGUCACUUCUGUGCUUUCUAUACAGUUGUCUAAGGACAGUAAGAGACAACAAAGCUUCAACAGUUCUCCACAUCCUUUGAAGAAGUGCCAACAGUUGUUAGUCAUCAUUUGCUUGGUACCCUGUUCUCAUGUGUACACUAUGAUCCCUAUGCAUCUUUCAGUGACCUAGAGAGUACCUGAGUUUAUUAAUGCCUGCCAUGCAGAGUACCCUGCUACUCCAGAGAGAAUUCCUGUUUAUGAUAUGAGUUGGGGGUUCUCCAUGCGUUAUAGAAACCCCCAAAGUAAAAUCUUGAAGUUUUGCAAUAAUGCUAUAGCAGAAAGAUAGAGAGAGGUUGGCGGAGAAAGUGCUUUGAGAAAACAAAGGGUAAAGGGUUUUGUUUUUUAACCAUGUAUGUGUGCAAAAGAACCGAAGUAAGGAUGGAUGUUCAAGCUGUCUAGGGGAGCAGCAUAAAUAUUUCCAAGCUUAAGGGAACAUAAUUGGCAGAAGAGACAGUCAUGAAUAUUCAUAUUUCAUUUCCAACAGUUGUUUUGAGAUAAUCUCUUUUCAGCAUAGACCCUUUGUAUGGCUCUUGGCUCCUCAGAGAAUCAGAGUGGAAUAACAAUGUCCCAACACGUGAAUUGAAAUCCUAGAAACCCAAAUGAUGUGUAAAUGAAGAGAGGGAAUAGGUGUUAUCUUCUUACUACAGACUUUCCCUAUGUGUAAAGCUAAAAUAAGGAAAUCUGGAUUUACCCAUAAGGUUGUUGGUUAAUCAAAAAAACAGCUGAUGUUACCUAUUAAAACCCAGUAGUAUUUGUUGAAUUCAAAGUUUGCUUUGGAAAAAAAGAAUUAAAUUUACUUUGUUGACUUAUUAUUGUGAGUCCAUUUAAAAUUAUAAAUGUUUGGAUUCAAAAUUUUUAGAAUAUAAACUACAACAAUGAUAACCAUAUGAGUAAGUGACAGGCAUUUAAGUGGCUGCCUGGGCAUUUGUGGCCUUUAGGUAUCUAGGAAAGAAAGGGAAAAUGUACAUUUUAUACUUAACAUUUUCCCAUGUCAGUUGAGUUUAUUUCUUAAAGUAAGCAUCCUUUAUCACAAUGUGGGCAUAUCUAGAUUUUCUUUUUUCCUUUGGUUUUUCAAGACAGGGUUUCUCUGUGUAGCUUUGCGCCUUUCCUGGAACUCACUCUGUAGUCCAUAUCUAGAUUUUCUUAUUGACUUAUUCUUUAAGUUAUUUGAUAAAACAGCCUAAAAGUCAAUUUGAACAUUGAAAGGGGUUUUAUAAAAUACAGAAACACUGAAAACUUUUGCAAAUCUUAACUGUCAUAUUCUGCUUAAAGUGGGGUGUACCUGCAGUUUCUGGGCUUUACUUUGCAGCAAGAGCUAGACUUUGUCCUUGACUGGACCCUCCAGACGGAGAACUGAGAGAUUUUACUUUUUCACUUGUCAGCACCUGCAGAGGAGGACAUACUCAGCAGUUGUUCCGGGGACUACCCAGCCUUGGGGUCUGGUCUGUCCUUCACCUGCUGAGCCCAGUGUACAGGGGCACAGCUCCUCAGCUGAGCUGGCCGAGCUCUGUGCUCUGUGAAAAGCAGGUCUGAGUCGGAGGGCUGCAAUGCUAGUUUUUCACUGGGAAACAUCACAACAUAAAAACUUGGCAGUUCUCCCCUGCAGUCCGUUCUAACGGAUAUUUGCAGAUAACCAGUUACUGCAGAAAUUAACCUGUGUUUCACAACUCUGGCCCACUGCAGUCUCUUGUUUUAGGAAGACUUUAUCUGACUACUGACCUUGCUACCUUAACAAGCGUAACAAGAAUGCAGUGAAUGAAACAUACUUGAUAGUCAGAACCCGAAGCUAUUGUAAUUCUUACAUACAGCUGUGUUACAGGUCUUGAUGUGAUCAGAGAUUUUCACAGCUCCCAUCGGUACUUUUUGCCAGAUCACUGGAUUUCUUAGUUUAUUGUGUUCCUUUUCAGUUUGGGGUAGGGGUUUUAUUUCUUCUCUCUGAAAUGUUUCCUGAUUAUACAACUCUCAAUGACCUGUUUCUUAAGCCCAGGUGGCCCACCUGUCAGGAUUUGUCUUUAGGCAAUCCUUCCCAGAGUGGACACAGUCAAGAUCAGAUGGAUACACAGCUUCUCUCUCAUUUUUCAGAGAGAACUUUCAGGCAAUACUUAGAAAUAUCUUUCCAGGUGAGAAAGGUUUUUAAAACAGCAGAUCAUCCCCUGCCCAGGUUUCUGCACACUGAACUUAGUAGGGCAUAUUGACAGAAAUAGAAUGAGCAGCCACUGUGAAGGACUUUGGGUUUCUCAAGAUGCCAGUCAGCCCUGUUGGAGAUUUUGAUCCUAAAGCACAUACUUCAGCUACAUUUGGCUUUAUGUAUUUAUGAUCAUUGGUUCAUCAUCAUAAGAUGUUCUUACAGAAUCUGAACCCAUUUAAAGUACAGUUAUAGGCAUUUUUUGCUGUUGACUACCUUGUAUGUAGUUACAGAAUGUAUCCCUACAUACAAGAUCGGUUCAUCCGGUUCAGUUCAUCUUUGGACCAUGCUUAGUUAUAAAUGAACAGUAACAUCUCACUAGAUACUGUGCUGAGGGGAAGCAAGUCUGACUUCCGAGUGGUUGGCCUAACAUCUCUGUAGCCAGAGCAUCAUUUGCAAAUUGUAACUCCAACUCCAGGGCUGUCUGAUGGAUCCUGCAGGCCAGGGUUUUAGAUUUUAUUUUACAGUUAGAUGUGUUGUUUGUGAUGUUAGUGGGAGCAUGCAAACUGGAAAGAAGAAAUUGUGGGAAAUCCUCAGUAUGUGUCUCCAUUUAGGCAAGCCAGUCAUUGAGUUCUUGGUUACAAAAGGUUUGUUGGGAACCAACAGUCAUUUUCUGAUUUUUGUUAAGAUUGGUAAAUGUUUUUAGAGACUUUGACAGCUAAAUCCAUGACAGUGUCAAUUUAAAUAGUGCCAUUAAGAAUAUCCUGCAAUAAAUGCAGCACAAAGUUGAAAUGUGCCAGUAUGUCCCUUUUCUACCUGGAAGAUACCUUGUAUUUGGAAAGUACCUGCCUCUCUAAACAAAUAUGUGAUUAAAUAAGCCAUAUCACGGUUUAAGAAAUUGUAUAUACUUUACUUAACCCUCCUCCAAAAACCAAGUAUUUUGCAUAUGACUGAUUUUAGAAAGAUUUUGAAGCUGGGGUUUACUGUGUAAUGAAGAUCAGAUUCUUUGUAUAUGUACUGUAUUUGCCAUUUUCAAAUGAAAUUUCCUAUAUGAUUAUUAAAUAAAGUGUUGUUUUGCCUUGUGGUUUAUUAAAAACAAAAUGUACAGUGUCCUAAA